AUGGCGUACCAGCUUGCGGACAUAAAGCAGGCCCUGCAGUGUGUUUCGUCGAACAUGGGCCAGAAGGAGAAGGCGUCGGCGUUGCAGUACCUGGAGCAGUUCCAGAAGACUACGGACGCGUGGCAACUGUGCCACUCGGUGCUGGCAGGGGGCGAGGGCGAGGCGCUGGAAAUACAGGUGUUUGCGGCGCAGACGCUACGCAACAAGGUGACGUACGACCUUAACCAGCUGGAGGAAAGCCUCGGGCCGUUCAAGGAGUCGCUGCUCCAGCUGCUGGUGCAGCACCAGCACCGGCUGAUUGUGACGCAGCUGAGCGUGACGAUUGCGCGGCUGUCGAUCCAGUACCUGGCGUGGCGGAAUCCAAUUGGGGAGAUAAUUUCGGUGCUGAAUCCUUAUCCGGACAAACUGCUGGGGUUCCUGAAGAUUCUGCCGGAGGAGACGCUGGACAUGAAGUCGACGCCGCUGUCGGAGGACGAGUUCAAGUCGCGGACGCACGAGCUGAUAAACCAGAUUGCUGAGGACGUGCUGAGCUUUUUGAUCAAGUGCAUUGACGCUGCGCAGGACACUGGCAGCGUACAGGUGGAGCAAAUCCUGAGCUGUCUGAGCACGUGGAUAUACGAAUUUCCGAUUGAGCAGCUACUGACGGUCACGCCUCUAAUUAAUCUUGUGUUCCGUGUCCUGAUGGAGUCGCAUGACGACUAUCCUGAUGCGUUUGAGGCGGCAGUGGACUGUCUGUCUGUUCUGCUGCGUGAAACAAGGGAUGUGGCCAACGUUCAGAUGAUACAGAUGCUUUAUGAACAGCUUAUGCAGCUGCAGUCACGGCUCCUACCGCCUGUGGAGAAGGUGGAUGACUGGUCUGAGUAUGAGGAUGUGAUGGAUGCCCUCACCCGCCUCUUUGUGGAGGCCGGUGAAUCAUGGUGCGUAUUCAUCGGUAAAGAACCGCAGACGUUCAAGCCUCUGGUACAAGUCAUUCUUCUUCUGACAUGCAAGAACACAGACCUCGACGUGGUCAAGUACACCUUUCCAUUCUGGUUUAACCUAAAACAAAUGCUUGUAUUGGCCCGUUACAAUGAGCAGAAGUUGCAGUACCAGGAUAUAUACGUGGGCCUAAUCAAUGGCAUAAUCAAGCAUCUAGAAUACCCUGAAGAGUCAUUUACGAGCAAGGAGGAAGAAGACAAGUAUCGCGAGUUCCGCUAUGACAUGGGAGAUGUUCUAAAAGAUUGUACAGCAGUUGCAGGACCAGAAAAUGCACUGAGCCAGCCCUUCCAGUUGCUAAAAUCACACCUGGCGCUUGAUGCAUCGAAUAUCCGCUGGCAGAAGCUAGAAGCGCCGUUAUUCUCCUUGAGAACCAUGGGACAGGAGAUUCCAACGACAGAGAACAAUAUUCUUCCGCAGAUUUUCCAAAUGCUGUGCAACUUACCAGAGCACCCUAAGCUGAGGUACGCAGUUACUUUGGUUCUCGGCAGAUACACUGAAUGGACGAGUAAGCAUUCCGAAUUCUUGGAGAUGGAACUCAACUAUAUCUUUAAUGGAUUCCAAACUGGCAAUAACGAUAAAGAUCUAUUCACAGCCUCGUCACAUGCAUUGAUGUAUUUUUGCCAAGAUUGUUCUAGUUUGUUGAGCGGCUAUGUCGAACAACUAAUAAGCUUUACAUGGAAAAUUGAGCCCAUGGUCGAUAUGCUGUGCAUGUUUGAAGUUUGUCAAGGUUUGAGUUCAGUUAUUAAUGAGCAGCCACUAGAUAAACUAACAUAUUCUUUUGAGCUGUUUUACAAGCCCAACUCGGAGAAGUUGCAACAAGCUAUUGAAGUUUGGAAAGGACAUUCUACAGAUAACGAGGCGGCUAUUAAGGUGGCGGACCUCGUGGACCUGCUUUUUGCUCUUUUUGAAUCAUUAAGACCAAGGUAUGAAUAUCCGUCACAGGGCGCAGAACCUCUCGUUCCCUAUAUUAAAUCACUAUGGCUCACUUUAUCCGACCUAUUAAACUAUCCCGGUUGCGGUUCUAACACCAUUAUUGUUGAGCGAGUUAUGAAAUUAUUACGCAGGCUUUUUGAGAAAUACCAUGUGUUUUUGCAAGACAUACUUCCUGCAGUGGUCGACAUGCUGGCCAAAAAUUAUGCGGAGACAGGGCUUGGAUCGUACUUGUGGUGCUCAGGCUCACUGAUCUAUGUGUUCGGCGAUGAUGAGUCGUACCCCGUACCUCCAGAAUUAAAAAAUGCUGUCUGGCUGUUUGCAUGUUCCCAGUGUGGAACCUUUCUUGAGAACUUUGCCAAGAUUAAUCCAUCGGAGCUUGAUCUCUACUUUGAAAACAUCCAGGAUUUCUUCUUAAUGAUGUUGGACGUACUAAUGUUUUAUCCGAAGCAGUUUAUUACGACUUCAGCUCUGGUUGAGUCAGUAGCAGAUUGUGCUCUGUCUUCCGUGGAUAAACUGAACAACUUCGAUUCAUAUAUUACUGUAAUACGUUGUUUGGACGAAAUUCUCUCCUGGGGCUUCCCUACUCCGCCAAUUUCAACCAUGGAAAUAGAGACGGUUCCUAUGGAAUGGAGAGCCAAUGUGUUGAAUAUUAUGGUCCUUCAAAAGGGUGGCCGCAUGGUUUCUGCUAUUGUCAACGGUUUGACAUCCAACCUCAAUAGCAACGCUCACCCGGAAGCGAUUGGUUUGCUCGUCAAAUUAUUCAAGUUAGCUACCCAGGCGAAUAACGACGAUCCCUCUAUCUGUAUGCAGUGGUUAUCGAACUCUCUGGAACAAUUACGUCCUGUGUCUGCCAAUGAAAAGAACAAACUAAUGAGUAUUGGCAGUGCUCUAACGCAGGGUGACUACAGAAGAGUUAGAACUAAUAUUAAGGAUUUCAUUGGGUGGUAUCUUAGGAAACAUGUUUCGCCAAGGCUAUAUAAGUAG